CAAGUUUGCAUUUGUAGUCUUUGGUAGAUCAGUCAGCCAUGUUUAGUGUUUGAAAUGGUGGUGUUUGCACAUGAAUAGUGAUAAAAAUAACAAAAUUGUGGCAAUAAUCGCGUUAUAUUAGUGCUAGUGAGAUAUAAAUGUAUUUUGUGCAUAGUGAGUGAUAAACUGUCGUGAAAAUGAAUUGGGGUACAGAGCUUUGGGAUCAAUAUGAUAACUUAGCCGCCCACACACACAAAGGAAUUGAAUUCUUAGACAAAUAUGGAAACUUCGUUAAAGAUAGGUGCGCGAUAGAAUUAGAAUAUGCAGGAAAACUCAGGAGACUCGUCAAAAAUUAUCAACCCAAAAGGAAAGAGGAAGACGAAUACCAAUACACAGCUUGCAAAGCAUUCAGACAGCUUCUACAAGAGUUAGGCGACUUUGCGGGACAGCGCGAAGUGGUAGCGGAAAACUUACAGUCCAAUGUAGUCCGGGAGUUGCAUCUGCUCGCGAAGGAAUUACGCGAGGAGAGGAAGCAACAUCUAAAUGAAGGUUCGAAGCAAAUGGCGGUGCUCGGCACAGCGGUGGGAUCGUUGGAACGGGCGCGGAGGUCGUACGAGCGAGCAGCGAGGGAGUCCGAACGGGCGCUGGAGGCCUUUCAACGGGCAGAUGCUGACUUCAACCUAAGUCGAGCGGAGGUAGAAAAACAGAAAACAAAUAUGAAACUCAGAAGUCAAGCGUGCGAAGACGCGAAACAGGAAUAUAUGGACCAGCUCCGGAAAACAAACGAGGCGCAAAGACAACACUACGAACAACGGUUACCGCACGUUUUCAAACAGCUACAGGAUUUAGAUGAGAAGAGAAUAAAGAAUAUAAAGAAUUUCAUGUUAAGUUCAGUGGACGUUGAAAGAAAAGUGUUUCCAAUCAUAAUUCAGUGCCUCGACGGAAUGGAGCAUGCGGCCAAAAGUAUUAACGAAAAAGAAGAUACACAACUAGUAAUAGAGAGGUACAAAUCCGGUUUCGUACCGCCGGAAGACUUCCGGUUCGAGGCAGCGACCGGCGCGGACGCGACCGACGCGCCGGCCGCGCACGCCACUCACAACCACCUCACGGCGGCACGGGGAACCGUGUCCGGCAACAGGAUCAAGAAGCGAGGCGGACUCCUCUCCAUAUUCAGCUCGAAUAAGAAGAUUAUUGAGGCGUGCAACUCUUUGAAGAAUAACAUGUCAAUGGAUGGAAAGGAGGAUUAUUCAGACUUGCCACCGAACCAAAAGAAAAAGAAACUUCAAGCAAAAGUACAUGAAUUGACAAAACAGGUUGGCCAGGAACAAGCUGCCAUGGAAGGUCUAAUGAAAAUGAAAGGUGUCUAUGAAACAAACCCUACUCUAGGAGAUCCAAUGACAGUUGAAGGUCAACUAAACGAAUGUUGCGAUAAGCUGAAGAAGUUGCGUGCUCAGUUGCGCAAAUACGAAGAGCUACUGACGGAGGCCAACAACCAGGUGUGCGCGCCGCCGCUACACCCCGCCGCGCGCACCAAUGGCGCCGCGCCCACGCAGGCCACUAGCAGCAUCGGGUCAAACAGUGAAUCUCUCUCGCGGUCGGCGUCGGAAUCGUCCGUCAGUACCGGCACCGGUUGCACGGGCACCGGCACCGGGCCGGGCGUGGGCGGCGGCUCCUGCACCGGCGGCAGGGCGGCCGGCGGCUCCCCGGAGUCCGGCCUCGGCGGGGAGCUGGCCGCGGCCCACGCGGACCACACGAACGGAGACCACGACGACAACGACCACGACCCUGACCAUGACUUCUACGGAGAUUACUAUUACGAAGCCGAUCUACAGCCGCUGGGAUACUGCAAAGCGCUUUACGCUUUCGAAGCAAACGGCACGGGCUCAACGAUGCGUAUGGAAUGCGGCGAGCAAUUACUAGUGCUGGAGACGGAUGCGGGCGACGGCUGGACGCGCGUGCGGCGCAGCAACACCAGCGAGGAAGGCUUCGUGCCCACUACCUACAUCGCCACCACGCUCUACGCGGACGCGCAUCACUAGCCGAUGUUUCACCACUCAGGUGUGCUCCGACUGUUGUGGAGUUGUGGUGGUUACUUUACGCGCUGAGUGUGAAACAGUUAAGUGCUCGAGGACUUUGCCACUACGGACUUGUGCAAUCAUUUGCGGCGCACGCGCAUAUUGAAUGUUCUCUGUAGUCAUUACAGCUCGUUUCACGUAAAAAGACCGCUGUACUUGCGCAGUAGAAGAUUUAUUGACCUGUUCGUUAGUGCGAUGGAGUCGGCUUGUUGACCGCUCAUUGGUUCGUAAAACUUUCCUUUCACGGGAUGUUAGGUAAGAACAAUAGAACCCUAUGCCCAUGCGUAGAAAUCCUCUCCACUGACGACCAGCGAUCUUUUUACAUGAAACUAACUGUAUGUAUGUAUAUUUACAAGUAUUUUUGCUAUAAUUUAUCCUUUUUGAAAUUAGAUUUAUUUUUUUAUUGUGUAUCUUAGGGUUAAUGCACACUGCGAAACUACUUAGUUUGGUAUCUUGUUCAAUACAUGAAAUUCCAUGAAAUGUCUUCGUGAAAGAACUUUACUUGAUAUGGUAUGUUCUAGUGUGCCUUAACCCUUAACCUUAAAGCUCUAGUUUCCUAGGAUAGCGGCGCCGUCAUAUUAUAUAGCGCUGUUAAAUAGCAUCAGAUGACGUCACUGAAACAUUGUCUAUUGAAACCAACAAUCUCUAAUGUACAACUACACUAGAUGAGCUUUUCUAAACAAAAUUUCUUGAUUGGCAUUUAUUCAAUGAUUGAAUAAAUGUCAAUGCGUUUUAUUUUGACACCAUACAAUGAUCGGCUUCAAGGUGUUUAUCUUGUGCAAAAAACAAGGUUCGACUGAUACACCAAUCAAAUUUUCCCGUUCCGCUUUUUUUAUCCCGGAAAAUCAAAAAGUUCCCACGGGAUCUUUAAAAACCUAAAUCCACGCGGACGAAGUCGCGGGCAUCCGCUAGUUUUUUAUAAUAAAACUAUGUAGCUGUCGCAUGUUGUUGCGCGUCUCGGCUGCGGUCGCGUGUCCGGCAGUUUGCACUCGCCCUAAGAAACUAGAGCUUCACCGAGUGUCCCGCGGUCAGAAAUAUAAAAUGAGGAAAUAAUAACAUUCCAUGAUCUUAUUUAUUGUGUAUAUUGUCAGUUAUAUAAACCGUACAUAUUUUCAUGUAUGGUGGUGUAACUAUAUUCUAGUUUUAUAUUUAAUUGUAAUAUUAACACAUUUAGAUCUUCGUUGUGCCAGCUCUUUACGUGUUAAGGUUUUCGUACUUAUUAUAGUUGUUACUGCUUUUAUGUGAUUCACCCAUGGAGUAUUCGAAAUUAUAGCAAAAAUAGAUUUUUUAAGCCCGUCACAGACGCCAGCUGUAAUAAUUAAAUACUUAUUAUGAUAUAAAUUGUAGCCGCGUCUGAAACUGGCUUUAUUAUAACGUGUAUUAUAUGUAAACUUAAAACUAAUUGAAAAAAAAGUUAUAAAUUCAAUUCUACUUUAAAUAUUAUUAAACAAUUUAUGGAAUAAUUGUAUCACAUGAUGUAUUAUAAAGAAAUGCUUAUGUUAAACGAAUCUUAUGUAGUUUAAAAUGCUAGCUAAAAUGUGGUUAUUAGCCAAUGCUAUUUUCUGAAUAUUUGCUGUAUGCAAGAACUCUAUUGUAUUUAUAUAUAGUGAGAUGAAGUAUGGAUGGAGUGCAUUUGAUUUUUAUAUAAAAUAAAACUAUAUGAUGACAUAAUA